AUUGCCCUCUUGAUUUAUCUGUUAUUCUAUACGAAGAAUUUGUCUAUCUCCCAGUCAGUGGUUGUACUCUGGUCGACAGCAAGCUACCGGCCAGGCGAUACUGGAAACGAGCAUGGAAUCUCUCAGAGACAAAGUCACUAUCAUCACAGGCGGUGGUGCUGGAUUUGGAAGAGUAACAGCGCUUCUUUUUGCUAAAUAUGGAGCCAAGUUGGUACUUGGUGACUUCAACAUCGCGGGUGCGGAAGCUGUAGCAGAGGAGUGUAAAAAGGCAGGACUAUCGAUUGAUGACGUUCUCACCGUGGAAGCAAACAUUACCAAAGAAGACGAUAGAAAGAAAAUUGUCGACGAAUGUAUUUCCAAAUUUGGUAGACUGGAUAUUUUGAUAAAUAACGCCGGUAUAGGACGAUUUGCACCCCUAACACAGACACCACCCGACAUGUAUGAUGCUGUAAUGGACCUCAAUGUAAAGGCACAGCUUUAUAUGACACAACUAGCUGUUCCACACCUAAAGGCAACUAAAGGGAACAUUGUGAAUCUAGCAAGCAUUGUAUCGGAGGAAGCGAUGCCUUUGAGUGGCGUUUACGGAAUGAGUAAAGCAGCUGUGGCGAUGUUUACCAAAACUCUGGCCUUAGAAAUGGCAGAGUUUGGAGUACGUGUAAACGAAGUUAGGCCUGGCACUGUGAACACGAACUUCUAUGAUGCUUUUUUUGGUGGAGAUACUGAGAAAUUACAGUUGCUGAUGACGGCAGAACACCCGAAGCAUCCCUUAGGAAGACUUGCAACACCAGAGGAGGUGGCAAAUGCGAUUGCUUUUCUCGCGUCAGACAUGGCGUCCUACACAACCGGAAAUGCCAUUUAUGUUGACGGUGGGCGUCAUUGUGUUGGGGCCGGAUUCGCUGCGAUGCCAAAGACAAAGUGAUGUCUUUUUACCAGAAUAUAUUUCUGUUAUAGAUUAUAUUCAUGAUUGUGUGUGUAUACUUGGUUGUUUAAACUUUUAAACUGUUGUUGGUAAACACGUCGUUAUAUCAAUAAAAAGGUGCGUGGUUGUACAAUCACAAAAACAUGUGUCUGGCUUCAGAGUAA